GGCGGCGGGGUCCCAGCUGCGGCGGCGCGGGGCCCGGGAGGCUCAUGGGGCCCUUAGCGACGCCAGGGCGGCGGGUUCCAGGCAGAACCCGAGCCUGACCUGGCCCUGCAGCCGCCUCUCGGCUCCGUCCCCGGACCUGAGCCUGGUCCCUCUCCCAGGCGCCUACUCCCUACCUCGGGGCGCCCCUUGUCCUGUCCCCGCCUCCCCCGUCUCCAAGGCGCGAUGGCCACCGGCGCAGAUGUACGGGACAUUCUGGAACUCGGGGGUCCCGAAGGAGAUGCAGCCUCCGGGACCAUCAGCAAGAAGGACAUCAUCAACCCGGACAAGAAAAAGUCCAAGAAGUCCUCGGAGACGCUGACCUUCAAGAGGCCGGAGGGCAUGCAUCGGGAGGUGUACGCCCUGCUCUACUCUGACAAGAAGGAUGCACCACCCCUGCUCCCCAGUGACACUGGUCAGGGCUACCGCACCGUCAAGGCCAAACUGGGGUCCAAGAAGGUGAGGCCGUGGAAGUGGAUGCCCUUCACCAACCCGGCCCGCAAGGACGGGGCCAUGUUUUUCCACUGGAGACGGGCCGCGGAGGAAGGCAAAGACUACCCCUUCGCCAGGUUCAACAAGACGGUGCAGGUACCUGUGUAUUCAGAGCAGGAGUACCAGCUCUAUCUCCACGACGAUGCCUGGACUAAGGCAGAAACAGACCACCUCUUUGACCUCAGCCGUCGCUUUGACUUGCGUUUUGUGGUUAUCCAUGAUCGCUACGACCACCAGCAGUUCAAGAAACGUUCUGUGGAGGACCUCAAGGAGCGAUACUACCACAUCUGUGCCAAGCUUGCCAAUGUGCGAGCUGUGCCAGGCACGGACCUGAAGAUACCAGUGUUUGAUGCCGGGCACGAGCGCAGGCGGAAGGAGCAGUUGGAGCGUCUCUACAACCGGACCCCAGAGCAGGUAGCGGAGGAGGAGUACCUGCUACAGGAGCUGCGCAAGAUCGAGGCCCGGAAGAAGGAGCGGGAGAAACGCAGCCAGGACCUGCAGAAGCUGAUCACAGCAGCAGACACCACUGCGGAGCAGCGGCGCACGGAACGCAAGGCCCCCAAGAAGAAGCUUCCCCAGAAGAAGGAGGCUGAGAAACCGGCUGUUCCUGAGACUGCGGGCAUCAAGUUUCCAGACUUCAAGUCUGCCGGUGUCACGCUGCGGAGCCAGCGGAUGAAGCUGCCAAGCUCUGUGGGACAGAAGAAGAUCAAGGCCUUGGAACAGAUGCUGCUGGAGCUGGGUGUGGAGCUGAGCCCAACGCCCACAGAGGAGCUGGUGCACAUGUUCAAUGAGCUGCGCAGUGACCUGGUGCUGCUCUACGAACUCAAACAAGCCUGCGCCAACUGCGAGUAUGAGCUCCAGAUGCUGCGGCACCGCCAUGAGGCACUAGCCCGGGCUGGUGUGCUGGGCGGCCCCACCGCCUCGGCAUCAGGCCCAGCCCCAGCCACUACGGAGUCUGCAGUGUCGGAAGCUGGACUUGGCCCUGACCCCACCAAAGACACCAUCAUCGAUGUAGUGGGCGCGCCCCUCACACCCAAUUCGAGGAAGCGCCGGGAAUCGGCUUCCAGCUCAUCUUCUGUGAAGAAAGCCAAGAAGCCAUGAGAGCCGGCCACCUAGGGUGCGGGUGAUCCUGUCAUGUAAAUAGAGUUGCUGAGUUGGACUGGG